GUUUCGCGACCAAAUUCAAUGUUUCCAAAGCUCGAGCCAUAACUCUCCUCAUCUGGGAGUUAGUUUCGGAUAUAAAUAAACAGAUUUGACAAGGAAUGUGCACACAUAACUUUCAGCAAGUAGUCGGGAUGUGCAAAGGUCACUCGACAGGUGGCACAUGCAAAAUAAGGUUCUUCACGGAAGUAUCCUUAUAUUACCACAAUGAAUCUAAACACAGUUUUCUUCCUUUUAAUCACGCUUAGAUUAGCGUUGGCGGAACCUACCAACAAAAAAUUUCCGGAAAAUUUCCUCUUUGGAACCGCUACUGCCUCAUACCAAGUUGAAGGUGGAUGGAAUGAGGAUGGCAAAGGUGAAAACAUCUGGGAUUAUUUCACCCACACCUACCCUGAUCGAAUUGCCAACCAAGCAAACGGAGACAUAGCGUGCAACUCCUACCACAAAUAUUUAGAGGAUAUAGAAAUGCUCAAAGACCUAGGAGUUCACUUUUACCGAUUCUCCCUAUCCUGGUCCAGGAUACUUCCCGAAGGACACAUAGAAAAAAUCAACCAAGUUGGAGUAGACUAUUACAAAAACUUGAUCAAAGCACUAAAAGAAAACGGAAUAGAACCUUAUGUCACUUUGUACCAUUGGGACCUUCCACAACCCCUUCAAGAAAAAGGGGGUUGGCCAAAUACUGACCUCAUGGUGGACCUUUUUGCCGACUAUGCUCGACUUGCGUUCACCCUUUUUGGUGAUCAAGUUAAAUACUGGAUGACUUUUAACGAAGCUAAGCAAACGUGUCAACUUGGUUAUGGAUAUGGUGUUUUCGCACCUGGCAUUCAAUCUAAUGGAAUUGACAGUUAUAAAUGUGCCCAUACUGUCAUAAAAUCUCAUGCUAAAGCUUACCAUAUUUACGAUGAAGAGUUUAGAAAGACCCAAAAUGGUCGAGUGUCGAUGGUUAUUGAUUCUGAUUGGUUUGAACCAGCUAGUGACAGUGACAAAGAUAUAGAAGCUGCGGAAAGAAAAAUCCAAUUCACUUUUGGGUGGUAUGCUAACCCGAUUUAUCACCCCGAUGGUAAUUAUCCCCAAGUCAUGAUAGAUCGAAUUGCUGAAAGGAGCAAAAAAGAAGGUUUUGAAAAGUCCCGCCUACCGGAAUUCACAUCAGAUGAAAUUGACUACAUUAAAGGAACUUUCGAUUUUCUUUCUCUAAAUACAUAUACUACGAGUAUGGUAAAAUGGAUUGAUGAUUAUCCUAUAGGAAACGUCGGAUAUGAUAAUGACAUAAGUGUUGUUGCGUACCAAGACCCUUCGUGGAACAGUUCGGCCUCAAGCUGGCUUAAAGUCGUUCCAUGGGGUACCAGAAAACUCAUAAACUGGGUUGAUAAGACUUACAAUCAUCCCGAAAUUGUAAUAACUGAAAAUGGAUUUUCCGAUUAUGGAGAAUUGGAUGAUGAGGGUAGAAUUUUAUAUUAUCAAAACUAUUUGAGUAACAUUUUAGAAGCAAUUAAGGAAGAUGGAAUUAAUGUUACAGGAUAUACAGCUUGGAGUUUAAUGGAUAAUUUUGAAUGGUUAAAUGGAUACACAGAAAAGUUUGGCCUUUAUCAAGUUGACUUUGACGACGAAAAUCGGACCAGAACACCAAAAAAAUCAGCAGAUUUUUACAAAAAAGUUGUUGCCACAAAAUGUUUAGUAAACCAAUGUGAAGACUAAUUCGAAAAUCGGACCAGAACACCAAAAAAAUCAACAGAUUUUUACAAAAAAGUUGUUGCCACAAAAUGUUUAAUAAACCAAUGUGAAGACUAAUUUUUUUGGAUAAAAUAAAUAAUAGAUAAAACAAAAACGCCCUUUAUUGAACAUUUUGGUUCACUAUUAUACAUACAUACAUACAGAGUUUACAAAUAA